AUAUUUUUAUUAACUUAUAAAAGCCUAUCCUGAGUCAAAAAUGAGUAAUGAUAAAUGUGACGAAAAAUUCUCUAAAGAUGUGAACUCUUUCGGCGAUAGACCUUGUGGUUGCAAAGGCAUUCGGACGUGUCUCAUUUGUGAAAAUCUAACUGUGAAGAGGAGCAAUUUCAUCAAAAAUGCAAACCAACAAACUAAGAUUGUUUAUACUUAUUGUUCUCAAUGUGGGUCUAAAGCUUGGUUAAAGGAUGAUCUUCAAACACAUCUUGAUGAUGAAUCAUACCAUCUCCAACACAGCUCAAUGGAAACUUCUAUUACUGGCAGUUUUGAGUUUUCUACUAAAAGUAAUCAACUGCCAAAAUUUAUUCCUAUUCAAGGCAUAACUGUUAUUAAAAAUGUUAUUGGUGAAGAUGAGGAGAAGUUAAUUGUGUCUCUGAUUGAUGAUCCUGCCACACCAUCACCUUGGGUAUCUUCUCAAUCUGGCCGUCGUAAACAAGAUUAUGGGCCUAAAGUUAAUUUUCGUAAACAAAAAGUUAAAUUGAACGGGUUUAAUGGACUGCCUGAUUAUGGUCAUAAAUUAUUUCGUCAUGUCCAAAAAUCUGCCAAGGUUUUAGAAAAUUUUAUUCCCGUUGAACUUUGUAAUUUGGAGUAUGUUCCUGAAAGGGGCUCAGCAAUUGAUCCGCACUUGGAUGAUGAUUGGCUUUGGGGAGAAAGAUUAGUUACAGUAAAUUUGAUCUCAGAAACACGACUAACAUUAAGUCCAGUUGAAUGCUCACACAAAGAUAUUGAUGAACAGAGUGAUUAUGAUGAAAAUAACUUUGAUCAUUCUAAUUAUAAUGUUGAAAUUGAAAUAUCUUUACCUGCAAGAAGUUUACUGGUUCUCUAUGGUGAUGCUAGAUAUAAAUGGUAUCAUGCAAUUAAACGAGAACACAUAAUUUCACGGAGAAUUGGGAUCACUAUUAGAGAAUUAACGCCGAUUUUUCUGCCAGAAGGUCAACUUUAUCAAUCUAUCGGGAAACAAAUUUUAUCCAUAGCAAGUGAAGAGCUUUCCUGUAAAUUAAAUAACUCUGAAAGUCAUAUUCGCUGUGGAAUCCGAGAUGGAAUUGAAAUGCAAACUAAAUCAACUGAUUGAAAAGAGGAGAAAUACAUUUAAAUAGAGCAAAAAAGAGAAAAAGAAAAGGUUAUUAAUUUCAACAAUGGUCGAAACAUUAAAAUGGUGACAACUGUAUUCAAGAAAUUAAAGCUAAUCAGCCAUCAAGAUCUAGUUAAACAAAUUGUUCCAUUAUAAAAAUUAUACAGAUCUUGAUAGCUGAUGAUAUCAUUUUCAACUUUUUUAGAGUAUACAAAUUGUAUUUAACUAAUUUGAAAAUAAAUUUGCUUGGAUAGCAGAUGAAAAGAUA